GUGCGGGUAUAUCCUGGUGUGGCGUUGAGGACAUGUGGCACCAAAUGUCACACAUGCUGAGUCGGUGCUGCACAUGUUCUAACUUGGUGUUGACUUUAAAGUAUUCCAUAGAGGUAUUAUUUUAUUAUCUUUUGCUGCUAUGGUGUGGGAUGUAUGGAGUAGUGUCGUUGGUGGUGUUUAAAGUUUAUACACACGAGGAUUUAAGUCAAGGUUCUACUAAGAUCUUGCGUUCGACUUCCGUGCCGAGGAUGAUGAUGGCUCAGUUAGAGGUGUCAGACAUGAAGACAGCUGAUGGCCUCAACAAGAUGAUUGAGCGGGUGUGGCCCUACUUUGUAAACUACUUAGAAGACAAAUUGAAAUACCUUUGGGUGCCAGAAUUAUUACGUUGUACACAUUUUCCCUCUUGUAAGCUCAGCAGUGUAAAAGUUGGGCCACAACCUCCGAGGGUUUUGGGCAUGAAGGUUUAUGAUAGCACCUGUAAGGACGAAAUCAUCAUAGAUGUGGAUGUGGGAUAUGAAGGAUACCUGAACUUCGAAUGCAUACUCUGUGCUUUUGAGAUAAAAUUGUUAAAGGCCAAAGGAAGUAUUCGGGUAUUACUAACACCUCUGAUGUCUUCUUGGCCACUAAUAAGAAGUGUACAGGUUAUGAUCAUCAACUGGCAAGGAAUGGAGCUUAAAUUUGGUAGAAUGCUACAUUUUCUAAGCUCAAUGUAUUCUGAGGAAAAAUUAUGCCAGAUGUUAAAUGAUAAUGUGUCAAAGAAGAUUGAAAAUCAUUACAAUUUUCCCUUGGUACCUGUGCAAAAUGCUGAGAAUUAUGAAGAUUACAAAUCACCAACACCAAUGGGUGUUGUCCGACUAAAUGUGAAUACCUCGGAGAGUGAGGAGGUGAAGAAAUGCAUCAUUCGUCUUGGGGUCAAAAUAUUCACAAUUGGCAAAUCAUGUGAGACUGUAUGUGAGGAUAUAUGUUAUGCAUCUGCCAGAACAAGGGGGAUAAAAUACUACUUUACAAUAUUUGGAAGUGAAGCAAACGACCCCCUUUUCAGAGAUGAACUGGAUCUUCAGGAUGUCAUAACAAGGAAACAUAUUGUGAAGAAGAGAUACCUUGCCAAUGACACUUCCUCGCCAUGCUUGAAUGUUGCCGCUACCUGGCUUGAGCUCUCAAAAGAUAAAGACUUUCUGACGAAGAAAGUUGAGGAAGGAGCAGAUGUGACACAAAGCUGUGGGUUACUGAAGGUGUGGGUGAAGUCUGUGCGGAGAGUUAAGCGUGAACAAAAUCUGUAUGUUUGGCUACAAGUUGGAAAGAAGGAGCGGACAACAGGUGUCCGUACAUUGUAUCAACAUGAUCAAGAGAGGGAAUAUGUGUUUAGAGAAGGCUUUGAUUUCCUUAUUGUUGAUCCAGGCACACAGAAGCUAGCGAUCAAGAUUUAUAAAAAGAUUGAUGGAAAAAAAGACUUAAUCGAGCUGGAAGUGGAGCAAGACCUUAGCUUCUUGUUGAAGGAGCCAGAGAUGAGGACAAGAGAAAAGAAAAUCUAUUUUAAGGAGAGUAAGUCUGUCAUCGUUCUCAACCUAAGUCUUUGGAGCUUCAAGCCUGUGCACAUACCUGCUGGUGAGGAGAGCAACAUCAGACACAAUGAGAAUCCUGACUGGGGGGAACCAUUUCUUUCUCCUAGUGUAAGCUGUGUAACUCAGCCUCAGAAUACUUUCUCAACAAACACUGGUUCUCAGUCUUCAACAACUUCUGUUGUGGAAAACAACCCAGCCAGUGUGGAGAACAGCCCACCCAGUGUGGAGAACAGCCCACCCAGUGUGGAGAACAGCCCACCCAGUGUAGAGAACAACCCAGCCAGUGUGGAGAACAGCCCACCCAGUGUGGAGAAUAGCCCACCCAGUGUGGAGAAUAGCCCACCCAGUGUAGAGAAUAGCCCACCUAGUGUAGAGAACAACCCACCCAGUGUAGAGAACAGCCCACCCAGUGUGGAGAAUGGCCCACCCAGUGUAGAGAACAGCCCAUCCAUUGUACAGAACAGCCCAUCCUGUUCCACUGCUGAGGUUGGUGUUGAAGACACGGAAUGUGUGACACUAGCAGACCAGAUUGAUGGUGCAGAUGGAUGCAGCCUGGGACUGGUCCAGCUGGGCAUCAGAUAUGGUAGUCAGAAUAAAUUAACUAUCUCAAUCCUGAACACUGAAUUAAAAGGAAAAGCCACUAAGGAACCAGGCAGCACAGUGUGGAAGGUCCACCUCUACCCCCAGCAAGACAAGGACACUAAACAGAAAGUAAAAUGUUUAUCAGACAACAAAAUGCAGUUUGAAUGUGAUAUUCCUCUUGACAAACUACCAAGUUACAUUCUCACCAUAUCACUCAAGAAGUCAAAAGCCAUCUUUAAGUGCUCCCUUGGUCAGGUGAGGAUUCGCAUUGCAUCUAUAAAGACCAAUGAGGUAUAUAUUCAGUGGUAUAACCUUGAGAAACCAAAUGAUGAUGGGACAGUACAUUUGAUUGAGACUCCAGUACUACUGGACAGACGAGAAAAUUGAGUUUGACAGGAAUGUGUGGAUGGAAGGCAUAUACAAUGUUGGGCCAAUUACGAAACUUGGAUGAAGAUGUAAUUUACACAUUACAGUACAGUAUUGGGUUCAUUGAUGAUGGCAUAAGGAUACAAUAUGUACUACAGCUGGUACAAGUAUUAUUCACUUAGUCAACAACAACAGUGCAAAGGAGACUUUUUGAUACACUGAUGCAGUAUAUAAAUAAUACUGUAAUGUCAUUGUUUCGUAAAAUAAAACGAACUUCGACUGAUGAAGAUCUCCCAAUUGUUUACACUUCUGCUAAAGAAAUUGCUUUAUACAGUCAUAAACAAAAGUCAUGUUGCUUCUUCUUUACUCCACAAACCCCAAGGUUCAGACUUGUGAACCCGAAGUACUAGGCACUGAUACAUAAUUCUGCUCAUAAAUGCUUUGGUUUCACGAGCCUGAAUCUUGGGGUUUGUGGAAUAAAGAAGAAGCAACAUGACUUUUGUUUGUUAUUACAUGUGAUAAUAUUACUUUCAUAUAGGAUUUGUUAUUUUGAAGAUUUGUUGUACGGUAUUCUUACCGGUAUAUCAUCCAUAUAAUGAUUAUAAAAGUUUUCUUCAUGUUUCCUUGUCCCAUUGUAUUCUCUAUUAAAUGUUUUACAGCCAAACUAAUAUUUCAUUCUAUUUAUUUCUUGUGUCAUUCUCGUGUUAUUUUAUUGUAAUUUCUGCAUAUGGUUGUAAGUGAUUUCAAGUGUGUAUGCUGAUUAAACUUGCACACCACAUCCUUGCUUGUGUCACAUCUCCAUCCGUGUCACAUCCUUGUCUAUAUCAGAUAAACAAUUAUUUGUUUUUAUUCAAUACUGUAGUUAAUUUGGAUUUCUAAACCUGAAUGGCUGGAGGGUAGCUUAGUGUCAUGUGGUACUGUGUAUGUGUCUGGCUCUAGAAUGAAAUACAAAUGUAACUAAAGUUUAGUAUUAAUAAAACUCGUGUAUUAUGUGAGGAGACAAGAUUUACAGUACAGUAUUAUGGUAAUCAUUUAUUCAUCACAUUAGGUAGAAGUCCAAAGGAUUAUAUAUGUGUUGUUCAUUAAUCUUUGAGGAUCACAAUAAAUAUUAUUAUUAUUAAUAUUGGUUGUACUCAAUCACCAUUUAUGGUUACUUUUAGCCUUACAUAAAUUUCACCCCUUAUUGAUAAUAAUCCUGACUGGCCUCAGGGUAGAGUGACUCUCUGGGCUAUGGUUUUUGAGCUACAACUGCAGACAAACUUUGACAGAUUAAUAUUACUAUUCUUAUUGAUAUUAGAGAACUACAAUGGUAAAAUGACUUGUGUAAAACAACAAACACUACAUCAAUAAAUAAUAGUGUAUGAAA